AAACGAAAAAAAAAGAAGAAAAAGGAAUAAAAAUCUAAAAUAAAAGAGCCCCAAGAAAAAAUCAAGAACAAUGGAAGAAAAUGGAGGGUCUCAGCCCAUCAUGCCCAUACUCCCUAGAUUAGACCGUCUAGAUUCUCUCAUGAAAUGUUUAGAAGGGAAAUACAAUUUAUCGAAAUGGUGCGAUAAUCCAAUCUGGGCUGUAGAGAAUCGAUGCAGGCCGUUGGAUUUGGCGGUAAAAGAAGUCUACACCAAAGGGUCGGUGUUGGAUCGAAUUGCUUCACUAGAAAAUCGAUUCCUUCAGCUAAGCCUAGAGAUUGAAGCAAGCUGCUCAGCUCAAAGGCAUGGAUAUGAAGGCCAGCAAGGUGGUUUGAUGUCCUUUCACAACUUUGAUGGAGAAGAUCUCACACAUGGAGAGGAUGAUCAAAGGCGCUUUCAUGAAAUUCAUCUUAAUAUGCCUGACUUGAAGGGGAAGUACAAAGAGGAGAAGAUAAGGGUGAAGUGUUCGACUAAGCUAAAGUAUCUUCUCUCAGGAAGGAGGGAUGGCGAUGGCUGUAGAAAUGAUAAAAGGAGGUCUCUCAAGUGGCAGUGCAAGAGAUGGCUUGGCUGCUAGUAUUUCCCUCUUUGACAUUUCCAUGUUCUGUUUCUAUAUAUACUAAUAUGUAAAGAGAAAUGCCAUUUGUUAGAAACAUCCAUGGAUAUUUCUCGUAACAAAAUCGACAUUAUUUACCUUCA